AGCCGAGCGAAAACGGUAUCGAGUAAAACGCCGGCGUGGCCGCUCUCAGAUUUCUCUCUGCGGUUGACGAUAGUGUUGGUCAUUUAAAAUUACGAAGCGGAAUUGCCCUACUCGCUAGCUGGCAUUAGAAAUCAUGUGGACAACUACGAGAAUUCUGGACGGCGGCUUUUCCGGGCAACUGUCGCGUCACGUGGGCGCGAAAAUCGACGGCGAUCCGCUGUGGACGGCGCGAUUCCUCGCGACUGAUCCCACUGCUGUUCACGCCACGCACCUGGACUUCCUGCGCGCCGGGGCCGAAAUAAUCGAGACCAAUACCUACCAAGCGUCCGUGCCUGGCUUAACAAAGUAUCUGAACAUAAGCGAGAGCGAGAGUUUGCAUUUAAUUGCCACAGCCACAAACUUGGCCAGGAGAGCCGUGGACGAUUACGUCCGAGAGAAGAAUCUCAGUUCAGAGCAAAGACCCAAGGUCGCUGGUUCCUGCGGUCCUUAUGGCGCUUGUUUGCACAACUCGUCUGAAUACACGGGCUCGUAUGGAAAGACCGUAUCCCGACGAGAACUGAUCGACUGGCACAGACCGCGCGUUAAAGCACUAUUAGACGCUGGCGUCGAUCUGCUGGCCCUCGAAACUAUACCCUGUGUCGAGGAAGCGGAAGUCUUGCUGGACUUGCUGAGGGAGUAUCCUCACGCUCGCGCGUGGCUCUCCUUCUCGUGCCGGGACGAUCGGCUGAUCUCGGACGGCGGCGUGUUCCAGGAAAUAGCCCUGAGCUGCUAUCGCGCCCUGCCAUCGCAAAUCGUUGCGAUUGGCGUCAACUGCGUCGACCCGAGACACGUGACUCCCUUGCUGCGAGGUAUCAAUGCAGAAUCAUCAGGGCGGGAUCAGAUUCCCCUGGUGGCGUACCCCAACAGAGGUGGCAGCUAUUCCGCGACCGACGGAUGGACCGCGGUCCCGGACGAUCAUUCCCUGAAUCUGCCCUUGUCGGAGUGGAUGGGCAUGGGGAUUCGUUACAUCGGCGGCUGCUGCAGGAUCUUCGCGGAAGACAUCAAGAUGAUACGAUCGGAAGUGGAUCGAUAUCGCGAACGUGAAUGCGCGCAAAAUGAUUUCAUCAUCUCCGCUGAUACCAGCGAUCUCUGAAUACCUAAGAUAGUUUUUAUACCAAUUUUUAUAUCGAUACGUACACUCGUUAGAAUCAAAGAUAAACCACUCAUCUUUAAUAGUUUUCGUUUCAUCAGUUGCUGUUAAAGGUAAACGCAUUUAUGGCUACGUGAGAUUUGUGGAGUACAAGAUUGAGGACUAUGGCUAAUGCAACACCCAAAGCGCCUUGAAAUGUCGAGUAAAUUGACUGAAAAUACUGAUGUGUACAUAUGAAUAAAAUAUGAGAAAAGUUA